AUGACUCGUGUCUUGAAGCAAGGCGAAUACACCUCAACUGUGUACAAGUUGAUUGCUGAUGGCGACUACAAAGAGGCGGCUAACAUUCUCGAGACAGAAAUGAAGCGAUCUGGACAAGAAUCUCGAGCUGCUCUUUCAUUGAUUGCCACAUGCAAAUAUCAUAUGGCAGCAGUACCCGAGCAGUUUGAGUCCGCCGCGGGCGUGUACUACAGACUUAUCCAGCUGUGUCCCGAUAAUGAUGACUACAAGUUUGACCUUGCCAUGUGUCUCUACAAAGCGUGCAAGUAUGACGAAGCCAUGAAAGCUUCGUUCGCUGUCCAGUCCCCUAAGUUCUCAGGACGAGUCCAGCAGCUUCAAGCGGCGAUAAAGUACAUGGAAGAUGAUCUACCCGCCGCCCAGGGGUGUGCAUUCGGCUCUCGGGCAUUCGGCUGCCCGACAAAUUUUUCGGGCAAAUCAGGCCGAAUGCACACCCCUGCCGCCGCCAAGAGUUUGAUCGAGAAGCAGGGCGAAGAUAGCUGCGAAGCCGUCGUGAAUCAAGGUUGUAUUUUAUAUAAAGAAGGCUACUACUCGGAAGCGAUCGAAAAAUUCCAACAAGCGAUUCAAUUAGAAGGCGUCAAGGCCCACCUGAGCUACAACAUCGCGCUCUGCUAUUUCAACAUGAAGCAAUACUCUCACGCUCUCAAGAAUAUCGCUGAAAUCAUCGAACGCGGCAUAAAAGACCACCCUGAACUCUCUGUUGGUCUUGCUACGGAAGGAAUCGACGUCAGGAGUGUGGGAAACACGGCGAUCUUGCACGAGACCUCACUAGUUGAAGCGUUUAAUCUGAAGGCGGCGGUAGAGUACAACAUGGGCCCAGCGAACAUCGACGCCGCAGCUGAAGCACUUACAGAUAUGCCUCCGAGAGCAGAGGAAGAACUUGAUCCAGUUACGCUUCAUAAUUCUGCUCUCAUCAACAUGGAAGAAGAACCAUCUGAAGGCUUUGAAAAGCUGCAGCACUUACUUGCUUCUGGCGUUGCCCCUCCAAUGACCUUCCCAAAUCUGAUCAUUCUCUAUCUCAAGUUUGGCUACUAUAGUCUUGCCGCAGAUACCCUCGCGGAGAAUCCGGACUUAGUGACAAAAUUUAUGGAUCGCUUUCAACAAGAGUUUGUUCAUGCCGUCAUUAUGGUUGAGCAGAGCCCCGAUGAAGCAUACAAGCGUCUUGAACAAAUGGCAUCAAGACAAACUGACAAUCUUCGAAAAUACCUGAAGACAAUUCAGGAAGCUCAAAAAUCUGACGAUAAGCAUGCAUUGAAGAAAGCUGUCCACGCAUACGAUGACGAGCUAGACCGAUUUAUUCCAGUGCUUAUGCAGCAAGCGAAGAUCUAUUGGGACAAAGAAAACUACGACCAAGUGGAGAAGAUCUUCCGAAAGUCCGUCGAGUUCGGAAAUGAAAACGACACAUGGAAACUCAACGUGGCGCAUGUUCUGUUUAUGCAAGAAAACGGUCAAAACUCAAGUCCUCAUAAAUACAAAGAAGCUGCUGGUUUUUACGAGCCAAUCGUCAAAAAGGAGAAUCAGAGCAUCCUCAACGUAGAAGCGGUUGUUUUGGCCAACUUGUGCGUCUCGUACAUCAUGACAUCGCAAAAUGAAGAAGCAGAAGAGCUCAUGCGACAAAUCGAAAAAGAAGAAGAACAGCUUGCUUACGAAUUUCCAGAGAAGAAGGUGUACCACUUAUGCAUCGUCAACCUCGUAAUUGGCACACUCUACUGCUCUAAAGGAAACUACGAAUUCGGCAUAUCGCGAGUCAUCAAAAGUCUUGAGCCUUUCCAGAAGAAACUGGGCACAGAUACCUGGUUUUAUGUGAAACGAUGCUUCUUGAGCUUGCUGGAGGCAAUGUCCAAGCAACUGGCGCUUCUUCCAGACAACAUUCUCUUCGAGAGCUUGGACUUUUGGAAAUCUGUGAACAGUUCGGUCGAGAGAUCAAAGCACGUGAUGUGGACCCAUUGA